UUGUGAAAGCUUACAAGACAUUGAGUUAGACUCGAAUAUGUUCAGCGGAAGCAUUCCGACUUCGUUAGGCAACAUAAGUAGCUUGAUAUUUCUGAUUUUUUCUACCAAUAACUUAACUGGGUCAAUACCAACAUCUCUUGGCAACCUAGAACUUCUUGUGGCACUUGAUUUUUCAUUCAACCAUCUUAUUGGCGAGGUUCCAACUAAUGGGAUCUUCAAGAAUGCAACUGCUGUGCAGAUUGACGGAAAUCAGGGGGCUUUGUGGUGGUGUAGUGGAGUUACACAUGCUACCAUGUUCUGUUCUACCUUCAAAGUCAACUAGGCACAAGAAAUCUUUGGUGCUCAAACUAGUUAUCCCAAUAGCCAGUAUGGUGUCACUUGCUAUGCUGAUAUUUGGCAUACUGCUUUUGAGAGGAAAACACAAGACACAAUCUGUAUUGGUGCCAUCAUUUGCUACAAAAUUUCCAAAAGUAUCUUUCAAUGAUGUAGCGACAGCAACACAGGGAUUCUCAACAUCCAACUUAAUUGGCAGAGGGAAAUACAGUUCUGUAUAUCAAGGAAAACUAGGAGAGGAAGAAAAUGAGGUUGCCAUAAAAGUCUUCAACCUAGAGACAAGAGGAGCACACAAGAGCUUCAUUGCAGAAUGUAAAGCGCUGAGAAAUGUUCGGCAUCGCAAUCUGGUGACUAUCCUAACCGCAUGCUCGAGCAUUGAUUCUAAGGGCAAUGAUUUCAAGGCCCUGGUCUAUGAGCUCAUGCCACAAGGAGACUUGCAUAAACUGCUAUACUCGACUCGAGAUUAUGAAGGCUCUUCAGAUUUGAACCACAUUACAAUGGCCCAAAGGAUGAGCAUUGCGGUGGAUGUAGCGGAUGCAUUGGAGUACCUACAUCACAACAACCAGGAAACAAUGGUUCAUUGUGAUUUGAAACCCAGUAACAUUCUUCUACAUGACAAUAUGACAGCUCAUGUUGGAGACUUUGGCCUGGCAAGAUUCAAGGUUGCUUCCACAGCAUCAUCUCUUGGAAACAAUAACUCUUCUUCACUUGCAGUAGUGGGAACGAUUGGAUAUGCUGCUCCAGAAUAUGCAGGGGGUGGUCAAGUUUCAACCGUCGCAGAUGUUUACAGCUUUGGUGUCGUUCUCCUCGAGAUAUUCAUUCGAAGAAGGCCAACUGAUGACAUGUUUACUGAUGGACUAAGCAUUGUGAAGUUUACAGAGGCCAGCUUCCCUGAUAGGGUGUUGGAGAUUGUUGACCCCCAGCUACUAAAAUAGUUGGAUUUUUUUUUAGAAAAGGGGGGCUCCCCGACCUCUGCAUCAGAAUGAUGCAUACGGCCAUAAAUAUAAGUAAAAAGGUUUUACAAAGUCUGAAAGUCUGGAAAUGUAAAUAGAGGGAAGCUCACACAGAGCCUCGAUGCAAACAUAACAAAGGCCACAAAGCCACAACCGGCUGGCAGAAAAAAGAUAGGAAAACUAAUCGCCUAUCCUAUUACACGACCGCCAUCCAAAUCGGUUGAAGAUAUCCCGCGCAACCAUCUCCCACCGGACAUACCCAGUAACCAAACGCUCCCUGGCCGCCAUCGGAGUGACUAAGGACCACAAACGGAUCAGCGCCGUAGCACGGAAU